AUGCAAGACAGCGGGUAACGUGAGCGGCAGCCGCAACCCGUUACAUGGACGGGCAGGCCGGCUCGAUCAACCCGCGAACCCCUGGAGUAACCCCUCGAGCCGGAGGGGUUCCGGCUUACCGGGAUAUGAAUCCCAACGGCGGGGUACAGCAGCCCGGGGCUCGGUAUAUGAAACGCUCCCCAUCGAGUGGUUUAGGUGACAAUGGAGGCCUGGAUAGUGACUCUGAAGACGAGUACGCGGUGAGUGACGAGCGACUACAGCAACAACAUCCUGUCAACGCUGCCAAGAGGACGCGCAAAAGUAAAGACCACGGCUCCUCCAUGCGAGGUGGUGUCACUCCAGUCACCUCUCCGGGUGACGUGGACUCAGAGUACAGAUGUGGAGGUCCUCAGUACGCCAAUCCCAACCUCCUACCGCCAGAAUAUUUCUCCAAUUCCUACUCCAGCUCUAACAAUGAUCAGUUCGAUUCGAGGAGACCAAACCCACGACGCAUCCCGACCUCGGUGUCGUCUUCAGACAACAACUCGGACACGACCUACGCAGAGAGCGGCGACAUCAACUCCAGCCUCAGGGCUCGAAUGCAGGCGCUGGAUAACCAGCUGGUUGGCAGCGCCGAAAUGCUGCCAUCUGACGUGCUGCAGCGAAUAUCCCCACACCACCUCCUCAUGGAGAUGCGCCCCGGGGGAGGCUCGGGUGGGGAAGGGCCUGAAUGCCCUCCCCCUAAUCCUCCCUACCCUCCACCAACACCCGAGGAUGGAUACCAGCAACCACAGAACACGGUGUUUCUAUCGCAUGAGUACCUGAUGGCAGGCAAUGGGGUUCGGUAUCCCGGCGCUAGAGGCGGGGCGAACAAGUCCCCUGGGGGACAAGCCCUCUACUGCACCCCAUCACCUACCCGGGAUUAUUACUCCCAUAACAAUGCUCAGCAACCUCCUCAGGAGUUCUACUAUUACCAGCAAGUGCAUCCCCACCAGCCCCAACUCCUGGGCACGCUGGGCACUCUGUCAUCCACCAAGACUGCACUCGGUCAGCAAGGAAGCUGCAACGGAGGAGGUGGUGGUGGCUUCGCCUCCCUCGUGGCGCUGCCUGUAGUGCGCAACAACCUGGGAUCUCGCGCUGCCUCCAUCACAGGUCGAGGGCUGUCGCUGGGAGGGGGCAAGUCCUGGACGAAGACCUGUAACUGGAGAUGUGCGGCCAUCGUUCUCGCCGUCGUGUGUUGUGCUCUCGCUGCUCUGCUAGCUUACUUUGCCACGGCGGCGAGUCUGGCGACUGGCUGCCAGGGCUGCAUUCUGGUGCAGGGAGACGAGGGCGUCUUCAGGCCGGGCGAGGGAGCCGCUCUAUUGCCACCAACGACGCAAGCUCCUGCCCAUACUCCUCACUUUUCUCCUGCACCCUCCAUGUCGUCCUCGCAUCAUCCACCCAAUCAGCAGCACCCAAGAGACCAACAACAACAACAACAACAACAGCAGCAGCAGCAACAACAUCAACAACAACCGAAGCAGGCGCAGCAGCAGAAACCACGAGGCGCCUUAGGAGGCGUUAACGGCGACACCUCAGAGCUCGUCAAGCUCCUCAACAGGCGCUACGUCUCCGUUGUUCCUCCUAACGACUUCUGGAACGUUCAGUUCGAAGUGAAACAGCCCAUGCUUGUCAGAAUCAACUUGACGGUACCUCGGUCAUCAUACCUGGCUGUGUACGGUCGUCGCAACGUGCCACCUUCCAUCACACAGUACGACUUCGUCCAAUUUAUUCGGAGUGGACGGACGACGCGCAUGCGCAGAGACGCCGCUGUCUCGAGCCCAACUCACGAAGAACACAUAGAAGAAUAUGACCGCUUCCAAUGGAGAGAUCAUUUUGAUUCUACAACGCCUAAACGAACUAUAACAUUUGACGAGUUUCUUUUGAGCCACUCUAAUAACGGUCCUUCGAAACACCACGGUCAUCAUAUAAAUCGUAAAUCCCACCACCAUAAUCACAUAAACAUUCACCACCGCAAUCGUAAUCAACACCACAAGCACCAUCACCACCCGCACCAUAAGAAACACCCUAGAACAUACGACUGUGGAGAUCACUUUAAUGGUUCUCACCCCAAUUCUGGUGGUCGUGUUCAGACGUACGACGAUCGGCCACUAGUGGACAAGAAUAUCUUCGGCGAUGCCCCCAACAGCGAAUUCCUUCAAGAGCUUGCAGAAACUAGUGAAGAUUUUCCCAUGUGGCUUUACAAAGGGGAUGACAAACAAGAACAAGAUGGUAUCGAACAUAUUCCAACUCCACAAAGUCUGACUUCAAAUCAAAAUAGUGGGGAUAGGUCGGUGUUGGAUUACGUCAACGACGAAGCGCCUCCUCCUGAACGUCUCAGACGAUACGUCGGAGGGGAGCUGUCGCUGAACGUGUCGCUGCUACACCACAUGAACACCGGCGUGUGGUACAUGGCCUUCUAUAACGACGCUCUUGCUCAAACUCAGAUCGCGCUGGUGCUUGAAGAGGCCGGUGAGCUGCAGUCCGAGUGUCCGGGCGACUGCUCGGGCCACGGCUCGUGUGUGCUCGGCCGCUGCGAGUGCGUCCAGGGCUGGACCGGCCACGACUGCUCCACCAGCGUGUGCCCGGUAUUAUGCAGCAGUCACGGGCAGUAUGGCUUUAACUCUAGUCACGCGUGUGCCCAGUAUGAACAGUGCCAGCACGGUGAGUGUGUCUGCCAGCCUGGAUGGAAGAGGGAACACUACCAGCACGGUGAGUGUGUCUGCCAGCCUGGCUGGAACGGGGAACACUGCCAGCACGGUGAGUGUGUCUGCCAGCCUGGCUGGAAGAUCGAACACUGCCAGCACGUUGACUGCGAAGACCCGACGUGCGGUGGUCACGGAGGCUGCGUGGAGGGCCGCUGCUUGUGCCAUGUUGACUGCGAAGACCCGACGUGCGGUGGUCACGGAGGCUGUGUGGAGGGCCGCUGCUUGUGCCAAGCAGGCUGGACGGGCCUUAAUUGUUCUCAGGUCGACCACAAAGUUUUCACGUGUCUGCCGGACUGUUCAAGCCACGGACAUUACGACCUCCACGCCUCCAAAUGUGUCUGCGAUUCCUUCUGGACCGGCGACAACUGCAACCAACCGUGGCAAUGCGACGUAUCGUGCGCACACGGCAGCUGCGGUGCGUCGGGAUGCGAGUGCGCGCAAGGCUGGACGGGCGAGCGCUGCGACGAGCGCUCCUGCGACGCCCGCUGCUCCGAACACGGCCAAUGCCACAACGGCACCUGCAUCUGCAUCCAGGGCUGGAACGGCCGCCACUGCACCAUUCCUGGGUGCGUGAACAGCUGCUCUGGACACGGGCUGUGCACCACACAGGCAGGCGAGUACAGCUGUCAGUGCUCGACAGGCUGGACGGGCGACGACUGCUCCGUGCAACUGGAGACGCAGUGCAGCGACAUGAUCGACAAUGAUGGCGACGGUCUGUUGGAUUGCUCGGAUUCUGACUGCUGCGGGACGGGCGCGUGCACCGACCACGUCAUGUGCAUGGUCUCCACAGACCCCGUGGAGGUGUUGCUACGGCGGCAGCCCAUGGCGGUCACCGCGUCUUUCUUCCAGCGCGUCAAGUUCCUAAUCGAAGACAGAAAUGUUCAAAGCUUCGCCCGUGCCUCUGAAUUCCUUGAAAAACGCGUGUCGGUGAUCAGAGGCCGCGUGGUGUCCGCUAACGGUGAAGGCAUCGUCGGGGUGCGCACGAGCGUAGACAAGCAGUCCAAGUAUGGCUUGACCGCCACGCGUAAAGGAGGCUGGUUCGACUUACUGCUGAACGGCGGCGGUGCUGUCACACUGCAGUUCCAGCGCGCUAACUUCCAGCCCAAGACUGUGACUGUUCCUGUCAUUUGGAACGACAUUGUCGUCCUCGACCCAAUCGUCCUAACGCUCAAGAGCCUAACGGAAGAAGAAAAACCUACAUCGAUCGUUGGGAGUCAGUGGUCGUCACCGUGUCUGGCACACGACAGCGCCGCCAUGAGACCGCAGGUCGUGUCCACGCACCUCCCGCACACCGUGGGAGGCGCGGCACAACAAACCGUCGUCUUCUCCGAAAUGCAGGUGGUCCAAGAAUCUGUUCGUAUCCCUGGCAGUCGCGUUCACAUGUUGUACCACUCUAAUUCUGUGGCCGGCUACGCAUCUCGACUCCUGCUCCAGCUCACGCCUGACAAAAUACCAGAAAACCUCACUCGGGUGCACCUCAAGGUCACACUCGAAGGCACGGUGUUUGAGAAGCUUUUUGAGGCGGAUCCUAACAUCACGUUCACCUACACCUGGAACAAACGCAACGUCUACAAGUCUAAGAUGUACGAUGUGUCUAUUGCCCGCGUCUCAGUGGGUUACGAGUACAACUCCUGCAGCAGCAUCGUGUGGGUGACGCAAACUGCCCCAAUGCAUGGCUUCCAUAUGGCCAUCUCUGAUGUCGGAGGCUGGAACCUCGACAUUCAUCAUAUGUAUAACUUUGAGGCUGGCAUCCUGCAGCGGGGCGACGGGUCGCUGCUGGAGCUGGUGAAGGCCCCGCGGGCCAUGAGCGUCCUCGCGGGGUCGGGGGCGAAGCGCCCCUUCAGCUGCCGCCACUGCGAGGGCGUCGCGCGGGACGCACAGCUGCUGGCGCCCACAGCCUUGGCCGCAGCGCCCGACGGCUCCAUCUACGUCGGAGAUUUCAAUCUUAUUCGCCGCAUCACUCCUGACGGGAAAAUCCAGACCGUGCUUCAAUUGAGCGCGACUGAGGUCGCCUACGAAUAUUACAUGACCGUUUCACCGGCUGAUGGUCACCUCUACGUGAGCGAUGCUGAGAAUUACAGAGUCAUUAAGGUCAUAACGGUCGAUGUUAUUGAUGACAUUGCAUCGAACUUCGAGGUGGUCGUUGGCAACAGUCACCGCUGCAUACCGGGUGAUGAAAAUCGCUGCGGUGAUGGCGGUCCAGCUCUGUCAGCGCGUUUGUCUCAUCCGAAGGGACUUGCAAUUUCCGCGGACCAGACCAUGUACAUCGCGGACGGUCCGAACCUCCGUGUGGUGGACCCGCAAGGAACCAUCCACACGCUCAUCGGCCACCACGGCCACAAGACUCGCUGGCGACAGCUACCAUGUGAUGGUGUCGUCACCGCCAGCAGCGUAGACCUGCAGUGGCCCACGCACCUGGCGCUCUCGCCCCUGGAUGGAACGUUGCACCUGCUCGACGAUCAUGUGCUCAUGCAAGUCACGCAUGACGGCAGGAUUGUUGUUCGUGCUGGAACGCCGCUACAUUGUCCCGCAACUUCCCUGCCUCCUGUUGGUUCCAUCAGUGGCAUGGCGUUCUCGCCGCUGGGUUCCUUGUAUCUGGCAGAGCAGCGCGCCAACGGAGACUUCGCUAUCCUCGAGCUAAGCUCUUCUGACCAACUGUCCGUCUUCUCCGAGCCUCCUUCGUCCCACAGAAACUCAUCCGGUCAGCUGUCAAUGGGCUCGGUAUCAGCGAUCACAGCGACCCCGGACGGUGUGGUACACGUUGCAGACCAGGAAGCCUUGCGCGUGUACAGUUUCUACCACUACCUGCCUCAGGAUGAUAAUAACGGCGACUAUCUGGUUGCCCAUCCGAGCACCAACGAAAUCUUUGUGUUCAACCGUCACGGCCACCACAUCGAGACCCGAGAUCUGCUCACAGGUCUGAAGCUUUAUUCCUUCACUUAUUCGAAGAACACGUCCGUAGGGCGCCUGUCUCAAGUCACUGACACCGCUGGCAAUAAAAUUGUCUUCUUCAGAGACUACAGAUCAGCUGUCAGCCAUAUCGAGAACAGCUUGGGUGAGAAGUUCGCUGUUCACAUCGGUCGGCUUGGCCUUAUGACGCAGUUCGCAGGACGAGCAGGACAAGAGUGGGACUUCACCUACGACGAGGACACGGGACUAUUAAUCUCGACCACUCUACCCAAUCGCCUGACGACGGCGUACCGAUACGACGCUGCCGGACGGCUGGUGACGGUGGUCAACCCUACCGGGCACCGCACGGAGGUUCACUCGGACAUGUCGCGGAGCAGCGACCAUGAGACGAAUCUCCUCAGCAUCGCCGUCGCCAACCAAGACGAUGAAAUUCCCCAGCUGCUUUCUCUGUCGCAACGAGGAGACGCAUACUUCUCUUAUGGCUCCGUUUCGUCCCACGUGCGUCUCGCUUCCAAUGGGAGCUGGUCCCGCAUGCUGCCCUGGGGCGGGACCGUCUCAGGGACCACGGUCCCACACAGUCCCUUGGUAGAGGGGAUUCUCCCAGCACAGGCCGGGCUGUUGCAAGUCCCUUCAGUCUUCACGUUGUCUGCUGGUCCAGGGCUUCCUGAGGCAGAAUUUACUGUGCAGUCUUCGCUUAAGAAGACUGGCGACUGGAGAUUAUUCGAAUCUAAAUACCUGCUGAACGGGACGGAAGUUGCCAGCUCGGUAUGGGACGGAGCGUCGCGCGUCAAUACGCUGCGCAACGGAGCCGCGCAGCCGCUGCUGCAAGUGGCAUACGACGCGCGUCACGCGCCACACUCCCUCUCUCCCGGCGCUGCUCUGCCGGCCCUCAACAUCUCCUAUGACGAGUACGGCCGCCGCAACGCGGUGCAGUGGUCAAGCCUGCGUGUAGGGUACGGCUACGACCCCUCCAGCGGAGUGCUCUCAACCGUUACGACUGACAACCAUACAACCGUGUAUUCUUUCCACCCGGAGAGACGGCUGAAUUCGAUUAGUUUGCCGUCCGGUCGGACCUGGACGUACCUGUAUGAUGAAUACGGGGGCCUUCGCUCCAUCACAACCCCCGCCAGCACUGCGCACUACUUCUCUGUCCAGCCAAUAUUCUCAGCCUUCGUUUUCAAGUACACGGCUCCUGGCGCCACGCAGGCCUAUAGGCAACACUUAGAUUCAUCUGGACGUCUCUUGCUUUCCGUUACACCGGACAUGGAGUCAAAAAUUUUGUACCGAUACACUAGCGCGGGACAAUUGGAAACGAUCGUGUCUGGCGAUGGAGUGACGAACUUCGUUUACGGCGAGAACAGUUUACUGUCUCAAGUGAUGAAUGAAGGUGAUGAGCUCGAGUAUAAAUUAGAUUAUCUCUAUGAUGGUCAUCUGCUUCAAGAAAUGCGCAUUGAGUACAACGCACGUGCGGGAUUAAGCAAUGUUAAAUUUGCCUAUGAAUAUGAUGCCAACAUGCGCGUCACAAAAAUGUCCGGUCGAAUCGGAGGGCAGAAAGUAAAGCCCUUGCAUAUAUCCUACUCGCCCAAAACCGGCGUCGCCACAAACAUUGGGAACUUCCUCUACGACGCUUCUGACUUCAAUGUAACGAUAAUCCAAGACGGCACUGGCAUCUUCACACGGAACCUUGACGAGCAUUUGCGCGUGACUUACGUGUCACUAAACAUCCAAAAUAUGCAAGUGUUUACUCAAAACAUUAAAUACGAUGGCAGUAGUAGAAUUUCUCAAACCACUACGUUCACAUCAAGUUAUGUUGUCAGGCCACUCUCAUCAACCAAAAAUUACACCUACGAUGAAGACGGGCAACUCAUAAGAGUGUCAGGAAAGGAACCCUGGAGUUUCUCGUAUGAUUCUAAUGGUAAUAUGUUGUCCUUGACAUACUCAACCAACACCAUACCGAUGAAGUACAACGAAGAAGAUAAAAUCUUAAGAUUUGGUGAAGGCGUUUACAAGUACAACCUUCGAGGCUUCAUUUCGCAGAACGCUCGUGAUGUGUCGUACGAAUACAAUGCCCGAGGUCUUCUAAUCCGAGCCGUAAAGCCUGAACGAUUCUCAAUUAAUUAUUUGUACGACCACGAACGGCGGCUCAUCGCUCGCAAGGAUAACUUUGGCAACGUCACUCAGUUCCAAUAUCAAGAUUUCCGCCACCCUGACCGCGUGACGCACAUCUACAACGCGCGUGACGCGAGCCUCACGUCCCUCAUCUACGACGACAGGGGGCACCUUAUCUUUGCUCAGAUUCAACGGAAUCAGUACUACGUAGCGUCCGACCAAAACGGCACUCCGCUGAUAAUCGUGAACAGAUUUGGGGAGGUGGUGCGCGAGAUGAUGCGCUCUCCUUUUGGUCAGAUUAUUUACGACAGCAACCCUUACCUUUACAUUCCCAUUGACUUCUGUGGUGGCAUUCAAGACUCUCAGACGGAGCUUGUUCAUCUUCCUGGAGGCCGAGUUUACGAUCCGCUCAUUGGUUUAUGGCUAAAUCCUCAAUGGGAAGACAUAGCGGAGAAUCUCUUGCAGCCUCAGCGGCUCUCGCUGUACAGGCCCAACGCCAACGAUCCUGUUAACGUCAACAGACGCACCUGGGACCAGCUCGACAAACCCGACUGGUUGAAUCUUCUAAAUUUGGACUUGGUAAGCCUUGCGCCUCAUUUGGGUUGGCCCCGGCAAUCGUCAUUUGCGCCAAAUGCCAAGCAUUUGCCGUCAACCGACAACCUAUGGGACGCGUACACAAUGUCGCCUUUCAGCGACACUGGAGUGCGUCCGUAUGCCGGUUAUUUGCGUGCCGGUUUGGACUCAACGUCGCGAUUAAUGCAGCCGAGGUGGCGCAGCGCUCGGUCGCAGUUCUCCCAGUUCGUGGCUGAAGGAGGCCUCUGCAUCAGCGGCUUCGCUGAAGCGCUUAAAGAACCAACUGACAGCGCCAUCGCUCUUGAUGCUGUCAAGGUUUCCGCUUUGAAAGAAGACUUUUGGCCGUCCACUUAUAAGCUGGAGAUCUCAAGUACGCCUGGGCCGUUUGGCGAAGGCUUCCUUGUGUCGCGCGUGGGCGGCAAGGCUGUAAUUACGACAUCUCCCUCCGCUAAUCCUAUCUUCAAAGACGUCGUCUUAUCAGUCUUCAACAACUCUUAUCUGCUCGAUCUGUCCUUGUACUCCCACUCCGUGUAUUCCUUCUACUUUGUCAAGGACGAGCUGUGGCGAGCUAAGGAAGAUCGCAAUCAAUUGAACCGCUUGGCUGGCGAAGUAAACAUUACGCAGACCAACGACAACGGCAGCGAGAAAUUCAUCGACAUAAAACUGCGCACAAAAUACGCUCUAAUUCACGUCCGAUAUGGCACCAGCCCUAUCCUUGAAGCCAAAAGAAUAAUGAAGCAUGCUAAAAAGAUGACGCUGCGCCGCGCGUGGUCUGACGAGCGGUCGCGCGUGAGUCGCGGCGAGUCCGGGUCCGUGGCGUGGACUCACGACCAGCGAGUCGAGCUGCUCACGCAAGGCUCCGUGGAGCAAUUCGUGCCUCGCUACACGCACAACCCUGAGCUCUACCCUGAGCUGCUCGACGACCCCAGCAACGUUCAGUUUGUCCAGGAGAACAAGAGAAGCAGACGACAUUCCACGAGAUGGCUGCGGUGUUGGCACCCGCCUUGCUAGGAUAUCCUGAGUCUAUAGACCUGCAUUAGGAUGUAACAAAUCUUAUGAAACCAUCUUAUUUCUUCUCUUCUGUUUGUCUUAGCGAAUUCUGUUGUAUUUUACGUUUUGUUUCCGUGUUAAUAUUUUAUUUCCGCGUGGAUGCUUCAAUGUAAGGCGGGUAGUCAUUGUAUAUCGCCUACUUAAUGUAAUGUUAGUAAUGCAGCGAGAGAAAUUAUCUGAUUCCUUGUCUUUUUAUAAAAUAUGUUUCAUGAUGAUACCAGAGUGAUGAAAACAAUAGAAACUAAUUCACAAAUCAAUAAUUUAUAUGUAAUACUUGAGGAUUCAGACCAUCAUAGUCGCGAAAAUAUCUGGCAGCAUCGAUCACCUGUCCCUAGUCCACGGAAGAUGCUCGCCGAUUUUGACUCAUAUUUACGCGACACAAAAUAUGCACAACUUAUCCCGCUACUGUCGUGUGCAAAAAAAAAACACCAACAAACUUAUGGCUAAUAUUAAAAUCCUGAUACGAGUGCCAUCCCUUCUCUAUGUGAACAAUCCUCAAAGCUCCUAACAAAGCAAUAUGUCAUUUGUCGUUGAGAAGCACCUCGAUUCAAAGGCUUCUCAAGGAGUUUUUUGUUUCCUCACUAAAUUAUAAUUUGAAGCAGAGUUGUUCAAAAUUUCAUGAUAGUGCAACUUUGAUGACAUUCAUCGAAUUGGGAUUCUUCGCUCGUUUUUCAGGAUUUAAAAUUUGAUUCAUUGUCUCACAAUUUAUUCACUUGUAGGUAAAAAUUACUUUUUUUAAACGUUAAUUGCCUACUGGUGGCAUCUGACAAUAGCAAGAAUCUUUAAAUAUAAUAAAUAGCUUGAAUGUUUCAAGAAAAUUUAGUGAUGGAGGUAGCCACUUCCCUGUACAGGAAUUUUUUUUUAUAAACGUUGUACAUAAAUAGUGUUCAUACUAAUGCGGAGCCCCGUGUUAAAUGUUACUGGCAUCUAUGUGAUCUAUAAUAUUUAAUGGUGAAUUAGCUCAUACGAUUAAUGUAAAAUAUUCGUGCAAGGCUUUGGUUUGGGCUUAGGGACGCUGUGUGUAAUGACCUGUAUAGUAUAGGCGCUUCAAUUCAGAAGCUCGUGUGCUGAAUCAUCCUGAAAAUUGGAAACACCAAUCCGAAAAUGCAGAUAAAAAUUGGAGGCGCAGUAGUAAGCUGUGGUUUUCUUCGUUAUUAUUCUAAAUUGUUUCGUACUAAAUCUAAAUAUUGAUCAAACACGAUAAAUUUGUCUGUGCUCCAUUAGGGAACUAAUUUGGCGUUCUUAGCCUCGCAGCAUCAAACUUCAUUUUUUUCUAUGUCUGAAAAAGAUGCAGUACAUCCAGAACGAACUGCUCGUAAUUGCAAAAUAAAGCGGUUUUUGUUUUUUAUUUAAUUGAAAAUCGUCAAAAUUUUCAACCGCCUUCCGUUAUCAAUAACAUUCACGAUAUAUGCUCGCUUUGCACUAUUUCAAUAGUUUCUUUUAAGUUCAUGAUGGUUCCAAUCGUCUGAAAGAUUUUGCAUUAAAUAUUUUUCAAAAUAUCGUACCAAGUGCAAUAUCUUAUGUUCGAUGAUGAUGCUUCUGCUUAAUUAUUACCAAAGUUGGCUGCAUACAUUUCGUGGACGACGACGUUCAUGAUCAUGUCUAGGUUUAGGUUUAUGAUAAGUGGAUGUGCCAGAAAAAGUGUCUCAUAGUCACUAACAACUAGCAGUUGUACAGAAACCUUUUAGCUCCCUAAGAAAUUAUCAAUAAAUCCCGUCUGUCUAAGAAAUCUGGUUGAAUUGCACGUGCCUCCAAGUAAUUCAAGUUAUCUUUUUCUAACGCCUGACAUUUCUCGUAUUUUUCGUAAAAGGAACAAGUUUUCAAGAUGCAAGAGUAGCCCAUUUUUCUUCUAUUUCUUGAGAGAAAUUGCUUCUUGUUUUUGGUUCAUUUCUUCAAAAGUUUAAUUUGUGUAUUGUAAAUUUUACGUAACAUUAGAUUAUAUCAAUUAUAAUUGAACGCUUAGAACAUCAAUGGAAAAUGUUUAGAAUGUUAACAGAAAAUGUUUAGAAUAUUAAUUAAAACCCUUUUGUAGCAAAAUUUUGGAGAGAUAAAUAUCGGAUAAGUUCGUCAGCUAGUCAUUUUUUGCGUUUUAUAUGAACUUUUCUGAUUGGAUUAUAAGGCAUUUGAAUAAAUAUUUUAAAGUUUGAUUUGAUAAGUCGUUGUUGUACAAUUAAUUCUCUCAUUUGCUCGCUUUAUACUGGAUUCAAAACGACUACAGACACUUUUGGAUUCUCUGUUUUUUAUCUUCUACGUAAAUGAAUUUUACAUUAUAUCAAUAAAGUUCAUAAAACUGAUAAUGUUUUAGAAUUUUACGUGCUAAAACAUGGGCAUUACAAAAAUACUUUUUAACGGGCAAAACCUACGUUCCAUGUGUUAGCUACAAUCAUUUUGAGAAAUUUCCCAGCCUCCUGGACUUCUGAUCGUUGAAUCAACUUUAAGCUUUAGCGAAAUUUCAGCCAAAAACUUACAUUUAAAUCAAUUGGAUUUUUUUUCUGCGUGCCUGAGAAAACGAUUUUGUAGCCUUGCAUCGUUUUAUCGGAAAUUAUUUAGUACGAUUCUUUCUCUCUAUUGAUGUUAUGAACAUAGCGCAUUGCAAGCAAGCUCAAAUUAACUGAGUUUUCUUAUCGAUUUGGCUGAUAGUUUAAACCCCUUUAAUGUUGUGCUAUGUCGGAUUUACGGAGCGUUUAGUAGAAACCCUUUAGUUAAUAAGCACUAAUGUUGUCGUUUACGGAUUAUUUUUAUUUGAUGCGUGUACAUUGAUUUCCUGACAAUGACUGUACAUAAGGGGACGGUAGGUAGGGCUAAGGCGGCUGCACCUUAAUACAAGCACUACACUGUGCAGGAGCAAGGGUCUACAAUCUCUCAUUAUUAUUAUUUGUAUACAUGGAAAAUGUUUUUUAUUUAAUUUACAUGCAAAAAGAUCAAUAAUGCCAUUGUUUAUUUUCUUUUACUGUUUCCAAUCUUUUAGUCCUUAAAUUUUGUUUUGGGUAAUCUGUAAUUUUUUAGAAUCAUUUAAAUUCACUUUCCAUAGUAAUAAAUCCCACUCAAAUUUAUCGUAGUUUCACAAAUAAAUUCGUCGUUCUUUCAUCAUAUUUUCAGCAAUAAUAUUUUUCCAAACUCUUAAAGUCGUAUCAUGAAAACGUUCAGUCGUCUGCAUGUUUCCUCACAUUCGAUGACCGUAUUCAGGUUUUUUUUUAUGGAAGUCGAUACGCCCAUUCGCUCCGUAUUUUUUUCGUGGUUUGAAGGAGUGUCGGGACGGUCAAGACAAACUCAGUUAGGCUCACGCUCCUCACGCAUGAAUGUUUUAUAACCGGAAAUGUUUUUAAUAAAAACCUUAUUUUUCUUA